AUGGAGAUAGCACCAGUGGUGAGGCUGCUGAAGACAGGUUGGCCCCCGGCCCCGCCCCGGGCAAAGAAAGAGGACAAGGCAUCUGAUGGUCAGGGUGACCAGGCUGUCGAGAAGAAGGCAGAUGGAGAUAGCACCAGUGGUGAGGCUGCUGAAGACAGGUUGGCCCCCGGCAGCAGCCCUGGGGAAGAGAAGAUGGAAGAAGCUCCUGGAGCUGAUGAGGGGGAUGAUGAGAGUGCCCCUGCUGCGCCCCCCAAAGAUGAGUCCGAAAACAGCCACUUCUUUGCCUACCUGGUGACUGCAGCCAUUAUUGUCGCCGCUUUGUACAUUGCUUAUCACAAUAAGCGGAAGAUCAUUGCUUUUGCUCUGGAAGGAAAACGAUCAAAACUAGCCCGGAGGCCCAAAUCCAGUGAAUAUCAGCGAUUGGAUCAAAAGAUCUAAACAGUCCUCAAAUUCCUGCACACAGCUGGCUUGGGUAAGGACUGCUGAAAAUGAAGAUGUAAGAAAGUCCCGUGAUUCCCAAAAAGUCCAGGUCUUGGGAGUGUGAGAAGCAGAGAAGUGCUUUUACUUUUGCACCUGCACUUUGGUCACAUUGACUCCUCACUCUUUAAAUAUUUUCCCCCUUCCCAGCUACCUGAUGAGCUAAGUUUCCAGCUCUGGUCUCUUGCUUCUAUACUGUGACAUCAGGCAAGCCAAGGGAAAUCACAAGAAGGGGCAGAAUUUUUUGUGCCCAAAUGAUAAGGAAUUUACCUUCUGCUGUAUUGACACAAGGUCUCUGUUGAGGAGAGACUUGCCCAUUGAAUGAGCCUUCUUAUUUUAUCCCUCUAGAUUCAUGGAGCAGCCUCUAUAACCAGCAUGUUUGGUUGGGUAGCUGACGUAUGAAUAUUGUCCUCUUCUGUCCAUUGUAUUUGGACUCUAAAGUUCACAGCAUGUUUGUUUGCACUGGUUGAGAAACAUUUUCUAAUGUGAUAGGUUCUUCAUUCUCUGAGAUGAAGACCGUGUUGAAAAUUAACAUCUGAUUGUCUGUUAACGUGCCUCUUUGGCAAUGUUGGUUGAUCAGCAAUCCCUGACCCUUUGAAUUUUUCUUGUCCACCUUCAAUGCGCUAGCGGACUUGCACUAACAGAGAUGAAAUAUUUAUGCCGUGGACGCUGUGAAAGAUUGCAAGGUGGGUGUAUAAAGCUCUGUGCCAAACCUCCCGGGCAAAGUCUCAAUGAACUUUGCCUCUGUAAACCUGGCCACUUCCCCAUAGAACUAUGUCAGAUGACCAUGGCAAUGUUUAGCUGGAAGAAAAGUCAUUACAUGUAAUUCAUGGCCCCCUUCCCACAAGUAUGUUCUUCAGCCCCUGAGUUUCCUAACAUAGCUCAUUCUCUUCAGCGCUGAAUGGGCUCUCGUGCUGACCAGCUCAAUUGUGCUUACCUAAAUUUGACCUGCAGGUGUUGGUUCCCACUCAGGUGGAUGGUCCCUGAGGGAAUUGGAGAGGGGAAAGCGGACAAGGACGGCUGCUGACUGAUGCAUUGCACAGAUGAUGGCAGAAUUUCGUGCCUGAGCCGUGUAGCAGCAGUAUGGCUCCCUUAGGCAGACAGCUUUGAAACAUGUCUUUACCAGGCAUUGUGUGGAGAGCUGUACGCUAUGGGCUCUGCCCUGUCAUUCAUUCCUCACGCUGCGAGUGCUGCUAGGCUGUUGUGCACAGCCCUUCCCUCACAGAGCCCAUGGGGGAGGCUUGUUGGGUUAGUGCAGAGAUAUUUCCUCCCAAGGAGAUGGUGGAUUGAAAAUCUGUAGAAAGGGAUUUGUUCGGUGUUACAGAAGUAGCUAUGAGAUGUCCCCUCUUGUCUUCCUUUGACCCUGGCCCUCCACGGCUUUGAGUUGUGCUUUCAUUGAGUUGAAUGUACCUGUCGCCAGCUGUUCCCUCAGUGCUGCUGUGGCACUCUUAGAUUCUUUGACUGCAUAAACCAGGGGCACGUGCAUGCUGGUAUUGCUCGUAUUUCUGAUGAGGCCGGGAAGAAGUGUUGAACAGGGCCUGCUAUAUGCUCCUGUCUUUAUUUUCAUAGUUCUAUUCCACAAGGCCUGUCUGUCUGGGACAAGGCAUGGUUGGGAAAUUUGUGUAUGGUACAUGACUGGCUAGUUCUUUUGUUGUGUCUCUUUUCUUUGUUUCUCGGUGCUGAAGGGUUGCUUUUUUAAUUGCUGUGGAACACGGCAUAGGAGGAAGCUUAGAAUAAAUAUCAAAGCCUGGAACAGAUGCUGGAUGUGAAAAGCUACAUCCUCCUUUUCAAUGCACUUGUCACCUGAUUGAGGCACAGGGAGGAACUUCAGGCAAGUUGCUAGUUAGUAGUUAGGUGACUUCUCUUGACAUGUUCCAACAAUGGUUGGUGAGGCAAACCCGCCUGUUAACCUGGUCUCUUCCUCUUUAGUGUCUACAGCAUUUGCUGACCUACAAUAACACUGACCGGCUAAGAAAUUGCCACGUCUGAAUAUUAAAGCUGUGGCUUAUAUUUUCAGUUUGUUUCCACAGGGGAGGGAGAAGGAUGUGCACGCAGAGCUUAACUUAUUUGAAAAAAAUACAAAGCAACUUAUUUUUUCUGAAAGACAUUAGCAGACGUGUGUGGGGGGCGAGGGGGAAAUUGUAUAUUUGUUUAAAUCUAUUUUAGGGGGCUCCUCUGAGAGAUGACUUUUCUGAACUCUGAUAAGAGCGGUCCUCACAGGAGCCACUUUUGGGGAGGGGGAGGGGGAAGCGUCCUGCUCUCAGGAAAUGGAUAACCAGGCCUGGAAUGUAACCUCUGAAGGAAAUGCACCUUCCCACAGGCAGGGAGCUUGUGUGCAAGGCAACUGUGCUAUUUAUUUUAAAGAUAACAUAGAACAUGGUUCAGGAAGCCUGCCAUGCUGUGUUCUGUGGCCCAUUUAUUUAAGGGGUGCAAAAUUUGAGGCUGCAAUUUCAUGUCUGUUUAUGCUACAGAGAAAAACUUGAAGACAUGAUACAUGAAGCGAUUCUUAGCCACACCUGCCGGCUUUCUCUGGAAUUCGUGGUUUCAUUUUUUUACCUGCUUUGUUCCCCUUUGAGUCAGAAAACAUUUUGAAAGGAUUGGUACCAAAUCUGUGUGUCAUGAAAUCCGGGGGCCUCCUUACUUCGGCCUCUUCAACUGUGUUAAUCUGAAAUCUCUCUCUUUUUGGGGGGAAACGCAGCCUCGUAAAUGUGCCUGCAAGCGGCGACUAGUGAGCCCUGUGAGAGCCGGGGCCCUCCUGUCUGUGUACUGUUUGCAGUACGGUCUGGCAGGUGCAAAAAGGACUGACAGCGAGAGUUCCUACGCUUCUGUCGGACUCUCAGGAAUGCGCACAGCAUGUAUGUAGGAGCAGUUUGUUGCGUGAGCUGGCUCAACAGAAAUCUGUAGCAUACAAUCAGUGCAAACGUCACAGGGUAGAAUGGACACCACAUGUGGCCACUCUUAAUGUGGCUCUCUGCAGCCAUUGGGCUGUUAAUACCCACAGAAGCAGCUCUUCAAAUGCAAUAAUGCUCUGUAUGUCUCCAUGCAAUUAGUGAAAGACGAUUGGUGAAGAAUUCAAACGUAGUCCCUUCCCACUCUCCUCCAAAUUCCAGUGUGUGGGGCUUCUAAUGACAGUUGCUGUUUCUCUAAUUUCAUGAGAUCUCCGGGAACGAUCUCCAUGUUUCUGUGGUAUUCAACUUGAUGUUAAGAGAGUCUACAAGUCUCAAACAGGGAAACAUCCAGCUAGUUUUUGCUGUGUUCAAAUAGGGCACAAAUUUCAAGUGAAAGGAGCCUAAAGGGUAUAUUUCUUGCCAUUACUAUGCUAGGCCAGUUCUUUUCCUAGGCUGACUUCAUGAAUUGUUUGGGUUCUGCUGCAGUAAAAUGAGACUCGCUUUGAAGAAUCAGAAUUUUCUAAUCCUUUGUACUUUUCUGUGUGGUGAAGUCAAUAAAUGGACACAAUAAAGAAAUGUAAUUUCACCCUC